ACAAAAUGGAUGACAUUGUUACGAUAUGUCCUAUUUGCAUGGAAACACUAAAAAUCCCGAGAUGUAUUUCGUGCUCACAUACAUUUUGUCAAAAUUGUUUGCGGGAUCAUAUAGAGACAUCGUGUCAGGGAAAGGAUUUUCCAGCAGGUUUUCGUUGUCCUGUUUGUUGUACAUUUGUUCCGGGUUCGAUUUCUGAGGACCCUUCACACUGGGCAAAAACCUUUCCUAAAAAUGCAACCAUCGAUUUUAUGAUUCAGAAUGAUGACAAAAAAGUUCUCAAGUUUUGCAAACCCUGUCUGAAUGACACCAAAAAAGAACCAGCAGCUACACUGUGUAGAUCAUGCAUGGAAUUUUUAUGUGAGGGAUGUACUAGUUAUCACAAGAAGCUUACAAUUACCAAAGACCAUGAAGUUGUACCUUUGGACGAAAUAAACAAGUCUUUGUAUCUUGAAACAGAAGAAGAUUAUUGCAAUAAGCACGAUCUCAGGUACUUAGAUUUGUUUUGUUUUGAUCACGACACACCUUGUUGUUCUGUUUGCAGUGUAACGGAACACAAAACCUGCAAAAUGGACACAAUUGAAAAGGCUUUUGAACAAAUUGAAAAGGAAGAUGAAAGUCAACAAAUGCUUUCAGAAAUCGAUCAUGUCGAAAAUCAUUUAAAGAGAUUAAAAGAGAUUCAGAAUGAAAAGGAAAGAAAAAUAGAAGACAAGGCCGAUGAAAUAAAAGAAAAAACAACCAAGAUAAGACAGGAAAUCAAUGAAACAUUAGAUAGACUUGAGCACAAGCUACUCGAAGAUCUUGCACAAAAUAUGAAAUCAACUCGAAAAGCGAUAGAUGGAAAUAAAGAAACCUUCUCUGAUUUUCUCGACCUUUCCAAUCACUGCAAGGAAUUUCUUACCAAUCAUAGCAAAAGAUCGUGUAACCCUGGGUAUGUUGGUGGAUUUUAUAAAAUAAAGAAGCAAUUGAAACGUUUAAAACGUGCAAAGUUAUUUUUAAAGGAUGCCGAUAUAACUGCAACUUUCUUCAACGUUUUUCUUAAGAAAAGUGGGCGAUUUGCAUCUUUAUCAUUCGAAGAAACAUCCCUGUUUUAUCCAGAUAUCAAAAACAUUCCAAAGGAAUGUGCACAAUCUCUGGAGACAGUACGUCAAAUUUCAUGGAAUGAGGCAAACAUUCAUGAUAUUCUUUCCCUUGAAAAUGAUGCAAAGAUUUUUGUUUGUUUAGACAAUAACUUUGUCCAAGUUGGCGAUAAUACUUUUGAAGGUAGUCAGGCAUUCAUUCACUUGAGAUAUACUAUUUUUCGUGCUGUUAUGCUAGGAAAGAAUAUGUAUGCUGUUACCGACAAGGAAAAGUGUUAUUCCUUUGAAAUGGAUCAGAAUUAUCAUCCAAAAUCUUUUACAAAAUUUAUCACAACUAAACGUUGUUUUGGAAUAUCUUCCUUUCAAGAUAGUUUACUUAUUGGUAGCGUUGACGUUAUUUUACAAAUGGAUACAAAUAGAAAACAAAAGAAAAGCAUUCCUGCACAAGGAUGUGUUGUUGAUAUUGUCUCUUUGACUUCUGGUAAUUUAAUCUAUAUAAGUAAAAAAAUAAAUAGUCGACCCAUGGAAGAUACUCAAACUGUCAGAGCAAUCGAUGACAAUGGACACGAGUUAUGGAAAUACGAACAUCCCGAGUUGAAAUAUCCCAGAUGUUUAACAACUGACCUUGCUGAUCGUAUAUACAUCAUCGGCUACUCUAGCAACAACAUUCACGUGCUCAGCAAUGAAGGUUAUGCUUUGAAAAUAUUUGAACAGAUUCCAGAUCCAAGUAGAAUAAUAUACAUGAGAGAAAAUAAAGAUUUCUUAGUAGUGUCCCGUGAUAAUACAAUCAAGUUGUUCAAAUUCACAUUGUGAAAAGAACAAAUCGAGGACAUAAUAGAUUUUUGUUAUAUCUUUAUAAAUACUUUGCACAAAACCAGUUCAUUAACCGACAUAAAUUGUAUGGCAUUUAUUUUACUGUAUAUAGUUGCGGUAGCGGACUAGAACAGAACAUUGACGCGCCAGAAAAUAUUAUCAUUGACUAUAGGAAUACUUCGAUAAUCCUGAUGUAUUUUUUGGAGUUUAUCGACUACUAGUAUUUGUAUACAGACCGAAUGCAUAAUAGGUCAUAUUGCGUUCUUUUCCAAAACAGUCUAUUAUUGUAUUUUAUUUUUAAUAAAACGUUUGUUUGAAGUUCUCGUAUCAAUAAUUUCUUUACUGACUUUAUGAACUCAAGCAGAAUAACAUUUUUGCUUAUCAUAAUUGGUUAAGUCAAUGUAUAGUAAAUCUUUAUAGUCUGGUAUUGUAGAUUAUGACAUCCAGCCUUAGGGUACAGUGUUGCACUGGAAAGUUUUUUAUAUGAGUCACUUAGGCGAUAUAGUGCGUAUUUAGGAAACACUGUCACUAGAACUUUCAUGGCUCUCAUUCAGCACGAAUACAUCGAAUUCACUUCUUAUAAAGCAGCUUAACGCAUAUUUCAUUAGACACGAUGUCUACAAUUUCCUGUAAUGUAAUUUUCUGAGAUUUUGGCCGUUUUUGCCCAUUGUUAUGAUCUUGCAUGUAUGAAUUUGACAAAUCACUAUGUUCAUGUCACAGUGUUAAUGUUAGAAAUUAACGUACCGGUCUAAAGUUUACUGAGUCCAAUCCAUCUACUUUUUGUGUUAUUUACUUUCCAUUUGUAACUUGCAAAUUCACCGAAUAAAGUCAAACCCAAAGUCUUAUUCGUCAGUUUCGCAUUUUACAACAAUAUUGUGAAAAGGAGAAAUAACUUUAACUAAUGAUAAUCAUUUUAAAAUUAUAAUUUUUAUACAAAUAUUGAGGGUUCUUUAACCAAUAUAGUUCA